AAGUGAAAAGAAUAUUAUUUUUGGAUUUAUUCACGCUGCGGGAAAUGUUUCUUCAACCGAGACGCUAAAGGUGAAACGAAAUGGCAGUAAACAGCCCCAGCGGUUAUCCUCCUAUCUCCCCAAAACCCCUGACACCCAAGAGCCCACGGCAUUUCAUCUUUCCGCAGAAAAGCCCAUCAAUAACUUCGAGCACAUCAUCUUCAGGGUACUACACCCCUCAAUCUGGCUGCAGUUACGAUAAGCAUGCUCCACCAAAAAGCCCUCUUGCCCACGGGCACAGAAGUCCCAUGAGCCCGAGGCAUUUCAACUUCAACCCCCCAAAGUCUCCAUCCGAACACUCCAGCCCUUGCCAUAUCGACAGAGGCCUCCACUACACGACUUCAUUGAAGCACCAUCGGCGAGAGAAAUCCAGGUCACCGAAACCUCCUCCCGUGCACAUUCACACAAACCCUGGUUAUGUAUCACCAAACAGAACCAGGAAAUUAUACAGCUCAACUUCCACAGUGAGUUCUCCACGCAUGGUGACAUCACCCAGCAUUAUAUCCAGCCAUACUGAUGAUUCCACCGAUGCUAUGGCUGGUACCCCAUCGGCGUUAAUGCAUGAUGCUGACGACGAAGCAACGACAACAUCAUCAAGAGCUUGCCGCAAGUCAACGUCUGAUUUAACGGAUUUUACUGAUGACACUCCGCAGACGAGGUCAACAAGCAUCAGCAGACCAUGCUCUCCUAUGAGAAGGGGUUCUGUAAAAGGAGGUUUAGCAUAUCUAGCAAGUAGAAGAGGAUCAAGGGAUUCAACGGUAUCAAAUUGCGAUUCAGUUGAAGAUAUAGGACCUUUGAAUUUUCAAAAUACGGUCCGUGGACGGCAGAGACGCACAUCAAAUUUCUUGGAACUGCCUGUUGUUGAACACUCGAGACCCCGUGUCUGCUCGCUACCUGAGAAGCCUUACAACCCUCGGGUUUCUGAUGACCUCUACAGACUUCGAACGUUCUCUAUCACCAAUAAGGGCAGCGUGGUAAAUUGCGGUGACUCUAUAUGCAAUCGACGGAGCCGUUCUAACACCUCAGUCAAUUCAACUAAUAGCAGGGCUUCAGAUAGGUCUCCGUUCGAUGGUUCAUGUUGUUCUGGAUACAGGCCCGUGGACUCCAGCAGCCUCACCACACCCGAUGAAGACGACUUGGAUCCCAUACCAAAAUAUCGAGUGGUGCUGUUAGGAGACGCAGGAGUUGGCAAAACGGCACUGGUCUCACAGUUCAUGACGUCAGAGUAUAUGAACACGUAUGAUGCUAGUCUGGACGACGAGUUUGGCGAAAAAUCUGUGUCCGUACUACUUGAUGGAGAGGAGUCUGAACUAAUAUUCAUCGAUCAUCCGAGUACAGAAAUGUCUGUGGAGAACUGCCUUUCAACCUACGAGCCGCAUGCUUGCGUCGUGGUCUACUCGGUUGUCGCCAAAAGCUCAUUCACCAGGGCAGCAGAACUGCUGGCGUACCUAGCAAGAGAACAGUUCACUUGCGAUAGAACAGUUGUCUUGGUUGGAAAUAAGGCAGAUCUAGCAAGAGCACGACAGGUUACUACUAAUGAGGGAAAAGCUUUAGCCACGUCACGUGAUUCCAAGUUUAUUGAAACAUCAUCUGGAAUUCAGCACAACGUGGAUGAGCUUUUGGUUGGGAUUCUAAAACAGAUACGUUUGAAGGAGAGCAGAGAGAAGAAACAAGCAAAGAAGAUCGGUAAACAGGACGCAAAACCUUCAAAGUUGGCCAGCUCCCGUACCCACAUAUCGCUCAGCAUCGCCCGGGAGCUCCUACAAAAAAUCUGUAUCAAUGAUAUUUCAAAAUCCAAAUCCUGUGAAAAUCUUCAUGUACUGUAAACUCGUCACGAAUUUAAAACAUACUUAGUCUAUACUUGUUAAAGUAGUUUUAACAAUUUCAGUGAACGGACAUUUAUACUUCUGAUAAAUUUUGGCAAUGUAUUAUUGUUCAAGGAUUAUUUUGCAUUGCUCAUUAAACUCAAAAUAACUUUAUUCAUCUAGGUAAUCGAGUCGAGUAAAGGUACACUUAUGAACGUCAGAAAAUAAGUAAAAUUAAUUGUAAAUUUACAUUGACUACCAGUUCGCAAGUCGAGGGCGUAGAGCAGGCAAGAAGAACUGGCAAGAAACUUUCUGCCACUUUUAAAUCGCUAAGUUUUUACUCAUACAAAUUCCACAUCACAUAAGUGUAAUACCACAAACAGCUAUUGGUUUGUUCCUUAUCACUCGGCAUAUAUAUAAAUGAGAUGAAACAUUAGAUAACUCCUUCGGCUUCAAACAACGGUAACUAAAGAAUAAAACAUGUUUGUCAAUAUGAUUCGCAAUUCUUACUGGGAAAACCUCGUUAACAUUGCAACAGCCAUUAUUUGUUUAGUCUCGUAAACGUCACGCGGUUCGAGACUUUUAUGUUUAUAAUUUCGUGUUCAGUUUCUAUACAAACUGAACGAACUAAAUACCGGCUUUGGAUGAAAUUGUAUUUUUAUUUAUUAAUUAAAAAUAUUUUUAUUUACUGUCACAACAAAGGAUUCACAGACAAAACAAUGUAGCAACAACAAAAUCGAAUGCUGAAAAUGUUAAUCUAUAUGGAGAGGGCGGACAAAAGCAUUUUUAAUUUUUUGUUUUCUUUAUGAAAACAAUGUCUAGACAGGGCGAGACAAGAUAAUAGAAUAAACACAAUGCAAUUGCUUUCCUGACGGUUACGAAUGAACAAGGUUACGCAGGUCAAUAUGUUUACUUACUUUAUAUAAAGGAAAUUAGAAAUUGUUGGCAAACAUCACCUUAUGUUUAUUUAUUUACUACAUACCAUACUAAGAUUGCCAACACAAGAAGGAUUAAAUAUUCUUCAUAACAGUCGAAGUAUAAAAACUGCAAUCAAAACAAUUCACUGAAAGGCCUAUUCCAGACAUUAUAUUAGUAGUAGGUUCCCAUUGUGACGAGUUCUUCAACAAAUAACUUUAUUUCCAUCUCCUCUCAGCUCAAUUAUCUCUUUAUAGAGCUAUAGAUGGAGUAAAAACUCUAAGGAAUUAUUUAUUCCAAUAUUUUGUCAGCCAAAUAACGUACUAUAUCCAGAUUUCAUACUGCGUAGAAGUUUCACAACUUUACUUAUGACGUGUAAACGUAGCAGUUUCGCUACGUCAUCUAAUAUAACGGCACAAAAUUAGGAGCAAAUAACUUGUACAAUAGGAAACUUUUGUUAGAACUUUUUAUUGUAUAGAUUCUAAUUAUAUGUUUCUGAAUGAGUUGUGUAACUUGUGUUGUACGACCUAAAGGAAUAUUCGAUAUUUGAAUUUUGUUUUACAAUUUUAAACUUCGAGCACAGAUUACUAAUACUAU